AUGAAUUGGGUUAUCUCGGAAAUCAAAACAACCCAAAACUUUCUCUCUCCUUCGUCACUUCCACGACCACCACCGUUAUCUAUCCGAUCCAACGCAAACUUCGAUCUAAACAGCAAAAUCAGCCCAAGCAUUCUCCUAAUAAUCAUAAUCCUCUCAAUCAUCUUCUUCAUCUCCGGUCUCCUUCAUCUCCUAGUCAGAUUCCUCCUCACACCGUCGAGUAGAGACAGAGACGAUUACUUCGACAACGUCACCGCUCUUCAAGGCCAGCUUCAACAGCUUUUCGACCUCCACGAUUCCGGAGUCGACCAAUCCUUCAUCGACACGUUACCAGUUUUCCACUACAAAUCCAUCAUCGGUCUCAAGAAUUACCCUUUCGAUUGCGCCGUCUGUCUCUGCGAGUUCGAAACAGAGGACAAGCUCAGGCUUUUACCCAAAUGCAGCCACGCCUUUCACAUGGAUUGUAUCGACACUUGGCUUCUCUCUCACUCGACUUGUCCCUUGUGCAGAUCCAGUCUCCUCUCCGAUCUCUCUUCUCACCAAGAUCCUCGUUCCUCUUUUCUCCUCGUUCUCGAGUCCGCGAGUGAUCAUAGCUCGAGAGAGAUUGUCGGAGACAGAGACGGUGCAGCUUGUGUGACUGCAAAUGAUGCUGAUGAUGUGCAGCCUAACGCUCACUCACGGUCCAAUUCUCACCAUGGUUUUGUCGGAAACAGUGAUCUUGGAUCGACCCGUAUCGAGUCGGGUCGUGGAGGUCAAUACCCAGAUGGUGAAUUUGGCGGUUCGGUUGAAAAGAUUGUUCCUUUUGCAGUUAAGCUAGGGAAAUAUAGGAAUAACGAUCUUGGUGAAGGAAGUAACAACAUCAGUGAUAGCAGCAAUUUAGACGAAAGGAGAUGUUUUUCAAUGGGAUCAUAUGAGUAUAUAAUGGAUGAAGAAACAGCUCUUAAGGUUCAUGUUUCAACCAAGAAAGUAUCAAGCAAGAACCGUCGCUUGCCGGGCCACAGGACCGCUAUCUCCGAGUGCGGUUUCGAUCCAACGGGGAGACUGAAACUCAAUGGGAGCGGAUCGAUGAGGAUCGCUGAAGAAGCAACCGAGAAGAAUGUAGUUGAAAGAGAGAGCUUUUCGCUAUCGAAAAUUUGGCUAAGGGGGAAGAAGGAGAAGCAAAGUAAAGUCCAAGGGAAAGAGGAUGGUUCAUUGGUUUCGUCGUCUUCGGGAAGAGCAUUCUCUUUCGGGUUAUCAAACCAACGGAAUCCUCUAGAAGAGAAAAACGAAAGCGGCUGCGAGGAAGAGAAGCAGAAGACCGACAAUUCGGAAUCUUUAGCGACAAAAACGCCAUCUUUUGCUAAGAGGACUAUGCUUUGGCUUGCAGGGAGACAAAACAAGGUUGUUCAUUCUUCUUCUGCAUCUAAUGUUUAG